CAUGGGGGACAUGAAAACUCCAGACUUCGAUGACCUGCUGGCUGCUUUCGACAUCCCCGACCCAACGAGCCUCGACGCCAAGGAAGCGAUCCAGACGGCAGGCGAGGAGAACGAAAACCACCUCAAGCAGUCCGGGAUCUGCAUUGAUGAGAACGCGUCCUUGUCUCAAGCGGCGCCGGCUUCUGACGUGCCGGUCGUGAGCGUCAUCGUUAAGAACACGUGCCGCCAGGAGUCUUUUGAGGCGGAAAAGGAAGGUAACCAUCUAGGGUCGGGUCUGCUGCACAAUGGAUUCCGGGGGUCCGACCUGCCCCUGGAAACCCACAGUUACAGCAAGUUUGAUUCCGCUUUCAUCAACGGGGACGGCUUGAGAAGCUAUCCUGAAAAGCCGGAACAGGCCAAGUCGGAGCCUCUGCCGACGUUCAGUCAGUUCAGCCCUAUCUCCAGCCCCGAGCCUGAAGAUGCGCUCAAAGAGAACAGUAUUGUAGAUAAACCGAAACUCUCCCAGACUCCCUAUUUCCAACCCCAUCCGAUGUAUAUUCCUACUGGGUCGUCCGUGUUGGAUCUCCUUAGCAGGACCCUACCAGAACCAGAGUUCAGUCGGUUUAUUUCAACUGGGCCGUCGCUGCUAGAUCUGCUUAGCAAGAAGCUGCCGGAACCGGAGCUGAGUAUGUUCGAUCAAUACUGUAAAAGAGAUCCAAAGAUGGAAAUGCAUGGGCUGCAGGAAUGUAGGGUGGACGCUAGCCGGCGGGAAUGUGACAAGAGCCCGGAGAAACACGACGCACCCGGCAAAGACCCUGGGGACACAAACAGCUUCCUCGGCGAAGGGUUGCCCCUUAGCAACUUCCAUAGCAAUAAUCUGGGAGAGAGCAAAGGGCCCACACCGGAAAUAAACUUCUCUUCCUCGGUCCCUCCUCGCCAGCGAAUCAAGCCUGUUCAUUCCAAGCUGUCUUCCUGCGUCGCCGCGCUCGUUGCCCUUCAGGCCAAGAAGGUUGCAGGCAUCGCGAAAGACGACCAGGCGACUCUGCCUAAAGAGCCGCCGGGCCCCUUCAAGGACGGCAUUAAAGGAAGCCCCAAAAUGCCCAAGUCGCCAAAGAGCCCGAAAAGCCCCCUCGAAAUGGUGAGGAAGGCCGUCAAGCAGCCCGAGUCCCCUCGGAGCGUGUGUAGCGACAGCAGUGGAAAAGGCUCCCCUUCCGUGGCCACUGGCUCUCCCCCCGCUAUCCCCAAAGUCCGGAUCAAGACGAUUAAGACCUCUUCCGGGGAAAUCAAACGGACGGUCACUAGGAUCUUGCCAGAGGUGGACGAGCUGGGCAAAUACCCUCUAGAAUCGCCCGCGGAGAGCUCGGCAACGGAGGAGUUUGUCAAAUCCCCCCCUUCCCCAGAAACCAGCGCGUCCAUGGAAACGGAGCCGUGCAAGGGUUUUGCGAAAACCGCUCCUCCAGAGGCAGCCCUCUCGAUCCCCCAAGCAGACAGUAUAAUUGCAGACAUUCCCGUCAACAGCACCUCCAGCGUCUCUCUGCUGGCAAACAGCAGCGCGAUAAAAGUAGGUAUUAUGGGUCAGCCGCCGAGCAAGAAGCCAUUGCAGGGCUUGGCGGCGCAGCCCUGUAACCCCGCCAGCCUUCUCCCGAAGGCCGUGCACCUCGCCAACCUCAACCUGGUCCCCCACAGCGUCGCCGCAUCCGUUGCUGCGAAAUCUUCUGUGCAGCGGCGCGGCCCGUCCCAGCUGACGCAGAUGACGGUGCCGCUGGUGCACCAGGUGAAGAAGGCCGCCCCUCUCGUCGUCGAGGCGUUCAACAAAGUGUUGCACGGUGCCAACCCUGUGCCCAUCUACGCUCCCAACCUCAACCCUCCCCUGGACAGCAGUAUUCAGUUGCCCGUCUCUGGGUAUUGUUGCCUGGAGUGCGGAGACUCGUUUGCCUUAGAAAAAAGUCUCUCGCAGCAUUACGGCCGGAGGAGUGUCCACAUCGAGGUCAUGUGCACCCAGUGCUCGGCGACGCUUCUCUUCUUCAACAAGUGCAGCUUGCUCAAGCACGCGAGGGAUCACAAGAACAAAGGCCUCAUCAUGCAGUGUUCGCAGCUCUUCAUGAAACCCAUUUCCGCAGACCAAAUGUUUUUGCCUUCCCCGGCGGGCUCCUCGGCGUCUCUGGCGCCGCAGACGUCGCGGCUGCCCUCCCUCCCGCAAAAACCCUGUGCCGCCUCGGGAAGCGGGACUGGAACCUCGCCGAACGCUCAGCCUCAGCCAGCUCUGCCUCUGUACAGGGACCCGUUGAGACUGAUUCGCCACGGAUUAAAGUGUUUUGAAUGUAAUAAGCAGGCGCUGGAUUACGUCGCCCUGGCCGCACAUUAUCAGAGGACCUCAGAGGAGAGCGAGGGGCUGAUCUGUCAAGUGUGCCUGAUGCUGUUACCCAACAAGUGCAGUUACUGUGCUCAUCAGAGGAUCCACGCUCACAAAUCCCCGUACUGCUGCCCUGAGUGCGGCGCCAUUUGCCGGUCGGCGUACUUCCAGACCCACGUCAAAGAGAACUGCCUGCAUUACUCGCGCAAAGUUGGCUACAGGUGCUCUCAUUGCGGGGUUGUCUUCAUGUCGCAAGCGAUGCUGAAGGUGCACAUCCACGAGAAGCACUGCGAAGUCUUCCACAAGUGUUCGUUCUGCCCGAUGGCCUUCAAGUCGGCCGACAGCACCACCGCCCACAUCGCAAGCCAGCACCCUGCAGAACCUCACAAGACAUCUCAGGUGAUCUACAAAUGUUCUUGCGAGACAGUCUUCAACAAGAAGAGGCUUCUGCAGGAGCAUUUCCAGCAAAACGCCAACCGGCUGAUGGUGGGAGUCUUCAAGUGUCCGCAUUGUCAGCUGGUGUAUAUGCAGAAACCGCAGCUGAUGCAGCACGUCAAGAGCGUCCAUGGGGUCCCCGAAAACCCCGAGGAUCUAACCAGCUCCCGCCAGAAGUCGGAGACAGCAGGGAGCAGUAACACCCUCCCGACAUCAAAAGAGCUGUCGGUCGUCAACGGUACUUCCCAGACGCCUUUGCCCGUGAAAGACACGAGCCCAGAAUCAAAGCCCAAGCCAAAACCCUGCAGCUGGACCUGUCGGGAGUGUUCACAGUGGAUCCCCGACCGAGAAACCUACGUGUCUCAUAUGAAGAAAAGCCACGGAAAGAACGUGAAGAGAUAUCCCUGUCGGCAGUGCGAGCGGUCAUUCCAUGCCUCCAAUAGUCUGCGGAGACACACGCGCAAUGAUCAUGACACAGCAAAGAAAGUUUUCACCUGCUGGUACUGCACGGAUGAAGUCCAGACGUUCACUCAGCUGUCCGCGCUGGAGAACCACAUCAGCCUCAUGCACGGCGUCAAAAACCCCGACCUUUCCCAGAUAUCCAAAGCCAAAGCCCCAGCGGAAGUCCUGACAAAAACAAAAUCUCCAAAGAGGGUAUCUGCAGGCGGUUCACAGCAGAUGGAAGCGGCAGCGUCGGGAUCUGAAGAUCCGCCAGCGAAAAAACUGAAAGCACACUGGAAGUGUGCGAAGUGUGAGUUUUCGACAGCCUCUGAGACGGAGUUUCAGGGACACAUACCUCGGCACAAGACGGACAGCUCCACGUUCCAGUGCCUGCUCUGCAGUCUGUGUUACACGUCCCACAUCUCUCUGAAUAGGCAUCUCUUCAUUGUUCACAAAGUCAAAGAUCCGGAAGAGGAGGAGGAGGAGGAAGAAGAGGAGGAAGAGGAACAGGAGGAGCAAGAAGAUCCAAGGGAUGGAAAAGAGGGACAGGACAUGGAGACGAACGGGAACGGACUUGCGGGGCCUGAUAGGGAAGCGAAUGUCGGGGAGGAGGAAGCGGGCAGUUUGAAGGAGAAAGACUCGGAGGACGAUUCGGUCUCUCAGGACACGGAGAAGCCCCCCUCUCAGAACAAACAUUCAAAGACCCCAAAUGUUUAAGGGUAGAUU